AUCCCUCGCGAAGGCCCGUCGCGUUCGGAUUGGAGGGAGCUGGUGUCCCUCUUACUCGCGCGCGCACACAAGCGUUAGGUUCUUCGCUCGCCCCGCCCUUUGGUUUUACCUCAGUUUUCCCUCAGAGCCGAAGCGCCUCGAGGGGAGCGGAGAUACUUCGCUUCCUUGUCCAGUUUGCUUUCCUCGAACGCACAGUCGCCGCCGCCAUGCAGGAACUUAUCGCCAGCGUGGAUCACAUCAAGUUCGACCUGGAGAUCGCGGUGGAGCAGCAGCUCGGGGCGCAGCCGCUGCCCUUCCCGGGCAUGGACAGUACGCGAGGGGGCGGCGGAGGGAGGGAGGUCAGGGAGGGCCGCGCUGGAAGAGGCAGACCCAGACCCCACCCCCCAUCUGCUCUUCGCGGUGGAAUUGAAGAUGGGAGGGAGAGGGAAGCAGAGGCACAUUAUUAUUAUUAUUAUUAUUCCCAAUAUACUGAAUAGGGGCCUUCGAGGGAGGUGUUAACUUGCAGGACACGUCACGGAAGGGCGACAGAGCAAUCCUCGUGCUAUUCGGAUGUCGUAUAAUUUUUGCUGCUGCACCUAGGUUUUGAGGGGUUUCGUUUUGUUUUUUAAGCUUCUUUCAGAGUCUCAGUGGGAUUUAAGUGUUAUCUCAAUAAAUUGUAUCAGUUGUGUGGUUUAAAAAGUAAAGGUAAAGGUACCCCUGCCCGUACGCGCCAGUCGUGACCUCAUUUCGCUCAAGAGGCCGGGAGCCGGUGGUUGACAAUCCCACAAAAACACAUUUUGGAAUAACCCCCCUCCCCAGAAGAAACUUCUACUUUAAGGGGUAGGUCUUGUUGAAUUUGGCAGGGCUUAUUUUUGAGGAAGGCCGUGUAGGUUUGCCCUGUGAGUCACUGAAGAGAAGACGGAUGGAUUAAAAUAUGAAUCAAAUUUAUUUAAAAGGGGGGAAAUUGAACCUACUUAUAACCCUAAUGUAGCAAUAGCCCUGUUGGAGCAGGCGAAAGGUCCUGUGUAGUCUGGUUUCCUGCUUCCCAUAGCAGCCACCCAGAUUCCACUGGAAAACCCUCCAGUAGCGCAUGAAGGCAACAGCUUUCUCUUCCUAUUGUUCUGUAGAAAAGGACUCUGGGAUACGCUGACUCUUGAUUCCAGAGGUUCCAUGUAGCCAUCAUAACUAUGUGGCGGUACUCUCAAGACUGGCUUACUGCAGUGUAUUUUUGAUGGGUCUGUCCAGAAGCUCCAGCUGAUGCAGAAUAGAAUGGCCAGACAGCUGACAGGACUACCUGGCCAACAACAUGCAACAUCAUUAUUAAAAAAUCUGUGCUGGCUGCCCAUUUACUACUGAGCCAGGUUCAUUGUCCUUGUAUACAUUUACAAAGCCCUGAAGAACUGAGGUCCAGAGUGCCUUCAGGCCUGCCUGAGCACUUAUAUCCCAGCUCAUUCCUUCUGAUCAUCUGCAGGAGUGUUGUUAGCUGCCUGCCCUACCCUUGAGUUGGUGAGGCUCAUUUGACAUUGACACAAAUUAUGGUCUUUAGUGUCACUGGUCUUGUGCAAUACUCUGCCAGUAGAGCUUCAGCAGGUGCUUUCUGUUUCAACUUUUAAACAGCAGGUGAGAAUGUUCCACCAGGCUUACGUAGGCAAUUAAGAAUACAUAUUUCCUUAAUUAGUUGAUGAGUCUCUGAUUCUAAUUUUUGUGUGUUAUUAUGUAUAUAAAUUAUAUAAACCACUUUGCUAUUUUUAAUGCUAUAGCUGUAUAUAAAUCUUUUAAUCAAUAAAUAAAUGACUAGUUGCUGUUGAUAGUGCCCUCCAUCAAUCACACUUAUGUCAUACUUUGUGUUUUGCUCUGUACUUAAUAAAAGGAUGCAUUGUAUGGUUUUAAUUUUGGCCUGUUGACUGAUAAAUUGAUGAUGGUGGUAGACUAGUGAGUAAAAGCAAAGAUGCAGCUUUGUAGGAUUAAAACGAUAUUUGAGAAUAUCACUAAAGUGCAAAGGAAAUAUUUUUUAAAAGGAAAAAAGUGGAUCCAUAAAAUAGUAUAGUCAACAGCUGUAAAAUUUCCAUAAAACUGCACCAAAAAAUGCCUUCAAAAAUAAUAACUUAUUUACUUGCCCCCAAAGCCGCAGUAGGAAGCCUAAUAAUAACGGCUAGCAUUUAUAUAACACUUUAGAGAAUUCAAAACAGGCAAGCUUUGGGUGAACAAAAUUCUCUUCAUGGUGCAUGUGGGCUUUCAAGUUAUCUGAAACAUUCUCAGGCUAAGGGAAGAAAUGCUAGGAAAACCUUUUCUGGAUUUCUACUUGUUACAUAGCUAUGAGAGGCUCAGGAACGCUGUGUAUGUUGCCCCAGCAGUUCCUCUCAGUGCUGUGACAGUCUGAAUAUGGAUUUUUAAAAAAGAAUAUGAAAUGUGUGCUCAGCCAUAAAUUUAUUAGAUGAUACUGGGUAAAUUUCCAUCUGAAGACUUGAGUGAUUAAUUUGUAUAGUGGUCUUCAUUUUUAUGAUGUAAUAACGCAGCUGUUGAAACUGCAGAGGUGUGGGAUAUAGGGAGCUUCAUUGUGAAUCUCUUUUUCCACAGAAUCGGGUGCAGCUGUCUGUGACUUUUUUUUAAAAGCGGCCUGUGGAAAAGGUAAGCCACACCUGCAAAUUGCUGUGCUAGAAAAAGAUGAAGCAAAGCCAAUUAAUAAACUACAGUCCUUUAUUGUGAAUCAGUAAAAAGGGUAAAGGUAAAGGUACCCCUGCCCGUACGGGCCAGUCGUGUCUGACUCUAGGGUUGCACGCUCAUCUCGCUCAAGAGGCCGUGAGCCGGCGCCGUCCGAAGACACUUCCAGGUCACGUGGCCAGCGUGACGAAGCUGCAGCUGGCGAGCCAGCACCAGCGCAGCACACGGAAACGCCGUUUACCUUCCCGCUAUAAAGUGGUACCUAUUUAUCUACUUGCACUUAAGGGUGCUUUCGAACUGCUAGGUGGGCAGGAGCUGGGACCGAAUGACGGGAGCUCACUCCGCCGCGGGGAUUCGAACCGCCGACCAUACUAUCAGCAAGUCCUAGGCACUGAGGUUUUACCCACAGCGCCACCCGCGCCCCACUUGUGAAUCAGUAGUUAGUCUUUAUUGUUUAUAUACUGCAUCAGUGUACGUAGCACUUGACAGAGAAACAAGGAAGUCUUGUUAGGUAUGUGGACAUAAGAUGUACAAAACUUUGUAGAACUAAAGGGCCUCCAAGCAGACUAUCAGUCCCUGGUACAACAAAACCACUUUUUUGACCCCAUUGACUUACAAACUGAGGUGUCCGAAUAAAAGUAAUACAUUAGGAUCUCGUGGUUUCCAAGCUCCUAUGAUUUUUUGAGAAGACAUGAUUUUCUAGUCAUGGUCCCUCCUUUCAUUUUGACAUCUCUUGGUCAUCCUAUCUGCCUAGAAGACUCUAUGAGGGGAGAAGUUGUUUCUACCAUGUUAGUUCUGCAUAAACAAAUAUGCUCUGUGAGCCAAACAUGUUUCUUUGACCUAAAGGAAAAUUGUAAGACCUGCCUUGAUGCUUUCUACCCAUAAUUCAGAUGGGGUGUGUGUUAAAGAGCAUUUCUUUUAUCUCUUGUUUUCCGCACAAUAGGAGGAAUGUGUCCCUUCCGGCACAUCAGUGGCGAAAAGACAGUGGUUUGCAAACACUGGCUACGAGGGCUGUGCAAGAAGGGUGACCAGUGUGAAUUCUUGCAUGAAUAUGACAUGACUAAGAUGCCAGAGUGUUAUUUUUACUCAAAAUAUGGUAAGAGGAAAUAUGGUAUCUGCGUGAGCUUUACUGGUACUGUGAAGGCUUGCCUUGUACAGAGGAAGUCACUCAAUACAAAUAGACAUUUAUGAAGCACUUUAAAAUGUUGAGGGUACUUCACAUAUAUUGUCUCAGCAAUCCUUACAAUAGCUUCAUAAAUUAAGGUCGGUACUGUAUUACAAUUCCACAAGGAGAUGCUUGCCUAACACCACCCACUGAUGACAGAAAUUUGCAACUUUGUGAUGUAUAAAUUUUGAUAUAAGAUUCUUGAUACAGAUUUUGCUGUAGCUGUUUCAUGUAUUUAUCCAAUAGCACUUAUUCUCUAUAUAGAAUGUACCAAUGAAUAAUUCGAUUCUGGUGUUCCUGCAUUGUAUAACUCUCAUGCGUAUCUCCCACAUUGUGUAAACCACUGAAUCACUGCAUUCCAUGCUUAUCUGACCCUGGAGUAUUUUUUUGUAGCUAGUCAGAAUGUUUUGCUAGGACAGUUUUAAGUUAGCACUGGAGUGUUAAACUAGCAUCUCCUUGAAGCUUUCCUAGGACAUAUGGGAAUGGAAUGUCAUAGUUCCUUUCUGAAGGCCUGGUUGUCAAGGCAACUGUGCAAUAAGUGCAAAAGCUGAAUGAAGGGAAGUUGCUAACACAGUGGAGCCUGACAUUUUACAUCCUUUUAUGUUUGCUUGAUGUUUUAUGAUGUAUGGCUAUGUGUGUAGAACUCUAUAAAAGCUUUGCUCUACUGUUCAAUCAGAGCAAUCUUUCUAACUGGCAGUUCAUUGCUAACCAAUGGUUAGUGGGCCUGUCAAUAGCUUUUCUAUUGUUUUUUAUUUAAAGGUUAGUUCCCUCACCUGGGCAAGAACCAGUGGUUUAGAAGUAAAUUCUUACUACGUUUGUAAUUCCAUAUUUUGGUUGCUAUACUGUACUGUCCUAGGUCUCCAUAGACACAUCAGCCUUGAGUUGUAGUUUGGGUCACGUGAAAUCAUACUGCUUCACACAUUUUGGGGCCGUGUAUUAGGAUUGGCAGUAACACAAGGGAACGAGAUAAGUUACCUUGCAGUUCUCGCCAAUAGGAGCUGGUUUUUGAGCUAAACUUAUUUGCAGUGAACAUUAAAUUCUGUAUUUUGUUAUGCUGCCUUCUCUUCCCAAGUGUUUAUAGGACAAAAUAAUCAAAUAUGUGUAUAACCCUUGAGCGCGGGCAUAUGGUCAUACAUUGAGUAGUUCUGUUUGAAAAUUUGCACUUUUAGUUGUUAUCAUUGUUUCAUGAUGUUCUGUGCUGUCCAUAACGUACUGUGAAUUCCAUAAUUUUUAUAUGCCUUGUUAGUUUUGGGUUGCACUUGAAGUGAAUAAAUGAUCUAAGUGACACCAACUUCGUGGAGAUUUAGUAAAGGUAAAGGGACCCCUGACCAUUAGGUCCAGUCGUGACCAACUCUGGGGUUGCAGCGCUCAUCUUGCUUUAUUGGCCGAGGGAGCCGGCAUACAGCUUCCGGGUCAUGUGGCCAGCAUGACUAAGCCGCUUCUGGCGAACCAGAGCAGCGCACGGAAACGCCGUUUACCUUCCCACCUAUUUAUCUACUUGCACUUUGACGUGCUUUCGAACUGCUAGGUUGGCAGGAGGUGAUUUAGUAUAACAUAAGUAAAAACCUUAAAUUGUCUUCAUCCUGAAUAUGACUCUUUAUGCUUAACUUUUUAGAAUCUUUAUUUAUCUGGCUAGAGGUUUACACUACCAGAAGAAAGCCAAGAUUCUAGAAAGCCAAGAUUCUUGUGAAUAGCAAAAGAUAUGCAUUCAAGUUUUUCCUGAUGCUGUAUCAUUGUUCUGGGAAAACUGUUUGAUCCUGAUGCUGAUGCACAAUGCUCUUUCUCUCUUGGUUGGUCCAGUAAAGUGAGUGUUUGUCUACUGCAGGGGAAUGCAGCAACAAGGAAUGCCCAUUCUUGCACAUUGACCCAGAAUCUAAGAUCAAAGAUUGCCCUUGGUAUGACAGAGGUUUUUGUAAACACGGUAUGUAUACCUCAUAUUUCUGCUGAUGGCUGUGUAGCUUGCUAGCCUGCAUCUGUGUUGACUUCCAACAUAUAUUUGCUUUGCAACCAUAAUGUGAAGCUGCAACACUUUGCACCUUGGGAGAGUCCCAUCCCUGAUGUCUGGCAUAAGAGUUUGCUGCUUACAAAUUUGUCUUCGUUUCUGGGAAAUUUCUAUUUGUGGUAGUGAAAAAGUCUCUGAAAAUGCACAAUCCUUGCAGCUUGAACUGUCAGAAAUCACAGGUAGCCUUGGUUGGCUCAGCUUUGUGUGCAUACAGCAAGCCUUGUGUAUCCUGAAUGUUUCCUGUGUUUGCAUAUAACAGAUAUAAUGAUAAAAAUCUUUCAUUGCAGGCCCCCUCUGUAGGCACAGACAUACCCGACGUGUUAUAUGUGUGAAUUAUCUGGUAGGCUUCUGUCCAGAGGGCCCCACUUGCAAAUUCAUGCAGUGAGUAUGCUCCAGGAUUAUUUCCGCUGUUUUAUGUUUCCCCUUCAACCUUACACAUCAUAACUUUGAAAGUUGCAAGUGACAAGUGUCACAGGCUCAUCCACCAUGCCCUCUGCCAUUCAAAUGUAUCCUGGAAAUCUUUUAGGCUGGUUCCAUAGUCAGAAUAUUCCUCAAAUGAGUGAUGAGAAAGUGCUGGACUCUUCUUUUUUGGGCUGAAGAAAACAUUUUAAACCCAUUUCUGAAUAAGCUCCAUAGUAGUAAGAGAGAAACACAUGGGAGAUUUAGAAGCCAGAAAGUUAGGAAAGGUUGAGGAAAGAAAGUUCUGCACAGCCCCAUCAAUGCCCUGCUUUCUGGAGCUAAGAUACGAUCCAUAUGGGAAGGGCCUCUUGUACACUUGAAGGUCUCAAAGCUUGGCCCUGCCUUCUGGAACAGCUGGGAGGAGAGCCAGUGAAGGAUGAGGCCCUCCUUCACUGUCAGAAAACACAUGGAAGUGAAAUGGUAUUGGAAAAUGAUUAUUGCAUUUCACAAAUAUAUUUCUUAACCUACUGAGGCUUGUGGCUUCCCAAUAAGGCAGGCUUGCACAGAGUUCAGGUUUUGCUCAGGGUGUUUUGCUAUCAUACUUGAAAAUGGGAAGAUAUUGUCAGGUUGACAGUAUCCCAGAGUUUUGACUUUCCCUAGCAGCAUGGGGUAUGGCUUGUUCCCAAAAGUUGUCUCAAGGUGUUAGCCCUGUAAGCAUCUCUCAAUUUGGCUGGAGGAGAAAGUACCUCAUGCUUCUUUAGCCUUGAGGGUGGGCUCUUCCUCAAGCUGUUCUGGUUGUUGGUUACUAGCCUCUGAAUGGUUUGGUUGGGGAGAAUCUGUUUCUCCUUCCUGUACUAGUGCUGUAUGUAGAAAAUACUUUCUCAUUGCUGUAGUCUCUGUAUCCAAGCAGCAAAAUGUAACAUGGAGAGGAAUUAUUUUCUGUUGCUCAGGACAGGUAUGAACUCUGAAGCUGUAAGGGGGAGGUGUCAGUGGUUUGAGGGUCAAUUUGAUCUUUGUAUGUUUCCUUAUGUACACUUUCUUUUUAAAUUAGCCCUCGAUUUGAACUUCCCAUGGGAACCACAGAGCAACCACCGCUGCCUCCACCAACACAGCCACAACAAAAGGUAUGCAGUACCCCAGUUACAUCUACAGACUUCUGCAGCAUCUUCUGAAUGCCAGAGAGUUAAGGUUGUUGAAAUAGUUGAACACCAAACAUACAGUUUAUAUCCAUCAGAGAAUAGAAAUCACAAAGCACCAGUGUGAAAUCACUGUGAGGAACUUUUUUUAUUUGAAGGGUAUAUAUUUUUAUACACACCAUUGGUGUUCCAUUCUCUAGUCAGGUACUGUGGGAAUUUCUUGCCAUCUGAAGGUUGGAUGUUACAUACAGUGGUGCCCCGCAAGACGAAUGCCUCGCAAGACGGAAAAACCGCUAGACGAAAGGGUUUUCCGUUUUGAAGUUGCUUCGCAGGACGAAUUCCCCUAUGGGCUUGCUUCGCAAGACGAAAAUAUCUUGCGAGUCUUGAGAUUUUUUUUUCGCUUCCCCCCCCCUUUAUCUAAUCUGCUAAGCCUUUAAUAGCCUUUAAUAGCCUUUUAGCAGCUAAUCCCCGAAGCCUUUAAUAGCCGCUAAACCGCUAAUAGCGCUAAUAGCGCUAAUCCGUCAAUGGGCUUGCUUCGCAAGACGAAAAAACCGCUAGACGAAGACUCUCGCGGAACGGAUUAAUUUCGUCUUGCGAGGCACCACUGUACUGCAUUUGUAGAAGCCUUGGCAAAAAGUAACAUUCUUGGGGGUAGUUGCAUUUCAGUCAAGGUUCAGGGCUAUGGUACUUUUUUCUGAAUUGAUCAAUGUGUGGGCUGCUUUUCCCCCUCUCAGCAAAAUAACAAUCCACCACUACAGAGGUCAUCAUCCCUCAUCCAAUUAACGAGUCAGAACUCUUCUCCCAACCAACAGAGGACCCCACAGGUCAUUGGAGUUAUGCAGUCUCAAAACAACAGCAUGGGGAAUAGGGGUCCUCGGCCAUUGGAACAGGUCACCUGUUAUAAGGUAAGCUGAAGCCUACAGGUUGUAAGGGAAAGGAUUGUCUAGGAAAUCUUAAAACUCUGCACCCCAAAUCCUGAGUUUUGAAAGUGAAAUAAACAUAGUUGCAUUUUAUUUUCAUACAUCCAAGCGGAGAGUGUUGUUUCAGCUAACUUUGAAAAAUAGUGGGAUUUAGGGACUUGCACUACUUUGCAUUAUUACAUAUAAGCACCUAAAACCUCCAAGCACUCUACUGUAAUUUUUAAGACGACAGUCCUUUAAUUGCAGGGAUAAUCUAAAAAGGAAUAUGUAAGAGUAUGAAGCAGCAAAGCAAGGGAUAGGUAUCGAAUAAGGAAACUCAUCUCUGUCUUGGGUACCUGCUUACACCUUUGUGAAAACACCUGUUAAUAUCGCUACACCUCUGGAAGUUGUUGCAAUGGAAGGCAACAAAGUUGAAUUCCAUAGUUCUCGAGUAAAAAACUUACCCAGAUACAAUUAUCUGUCUCCCAAAGUGUGUGUGACAGGAUGGGUAAAGAAUUCCCCUCUAUCUAUAUCAGCAAUGACAAAUCUCUGGCUGAUGGUCCUGAUUUGCCCUGCCAGGCUGAUUGGACCAAGGCAUGCCCACUUGUCACCUGAUGUGGCUUUGAACAGUACCAAAUUCAAGCUGAGGUUGCAAAUGAACAUUACUUACAGCCAUAGAUUAAAUUUAGUGCUGUUUAACAUUUGGCAUCUUACUCUGUUGUCACUGCUUUCAACAGGGAUACCAACCACUUCCAAAAGCAGCACCACAGGGAAAGGCACCAAUUCAAAGUUUCAGUCAUAUAUAAACUAUUGACUUCCAACCUUGGGAGUACUUUAGGAAGAAAGAUAGGUUUCAUGCUUAUCAUUUGCAUUCAUGCUAAUGUUUUUAUUCAAAGCUUUUAACUUCCUGCAUUUUAAUAGCUUCAUUUUUUUUGGUCUUCUCUCCAGUGUGGUGAAAAAGGACAUUAUGCCAACAGAUGCACCAAAGGACAUUUGGCAUUCCUUAGCGGACAGUGAGCCAGCAGCACCUUUUUAAAUAUGAGGGCCGAGUUUUGCCUGAAACAACAUUGAACUUGUUGAGCCAUCUUUUUCCCCCAGUGACUAAAUGAAAAGGACAGCCUACUGAGGACUACUUACCCACAACCUCUUUUUUUGUAUUUCAUUUGUUUUACGUCUUAGAACAUAAGUGGUGCCUGCCUUUAUUCAGACUGCCCAGCUGGGAAGCAGGCUGAAGAAAAGCUUAAUACACAAGCCUUCUUCCGAAAUAGAAUAUUUGGAAUAGGCACUCCUUGUUCCAGUAUCCUUGGCUUGGAAGUCUUUCAUUUUUUCAGCAGUCCUUGGCUAUGGGUGGAAGGUGGGAAUUAGCUCAUGAGAUGUCAUGAGUUGCACAGCUUUGCUGUGUUCUGCACAUGCUUAAAAUCUACACUGAUGCCUUCCUUGUAAAGUGUUUGGUCCAAGGGUUAUUGGUAUGUCAUGGGGAGGGGGAAGGAGUUGGCAUUAUGCUGAAGUCCAGUAGAAUGUCCUUGCCUCUCUAGCCAAGAUGAAGUCACAAAGCUACACAGCUCAUGUCCCUUUAACUGAUUAGUCAGAGUUGAAAAGCAAAGUUUAUUAUGCAUUCAUAGUUGGAAGUAGAGGGACACGUGUGUGUUUAAACUCAUGUUACAUGAAGAUUAUAUGUACCUUUUCAGAAGCACCUUUCCACAAUCCUACAACAGAACUAUACUUGAUUUUUGAUGGUAGAAUCUGCACUUUCUGAAAUUUGUCAUACAAUUCUGGCACAUUAUCAAGAGUUGCCCAAACUAUCUUUAAGUAUUUAUUUCCUAUUUUAAAGGGAAAUACUUUGAUAUUAAUUUAUGAAGUGUGACUUUGGGGAACAGAAAAGGAGCACAUGCUUGGGAAGAACUAACUGAGGUCCUGCAUCACAACAUAAAUCAGGAUAUUUAAUUGAUUUUUAAAAACUACCAAGUGCAUAAGGUUAUCUUGUAGACUGAGCAGUUAUAUAGCAGGAACAGUGGUUUCAAUUUUACUAAGGAGUUACUAAGGAAUCUUCCUGCUGCAAAACAAGAGCAUUAAAUGUCCCUUAUUAGAGAAACCAAAGGAAAGAAGCUAUACUAUUUCACUUUGGUUUUGUUGCUAGGGCCAGACUGAGCCUACCUCUAAAAUGCACACAGCUUCAGUCACCUGAACUAAAUUACUCUGCAGACUUGAGUAAGUUCCAAGGAUGUCAUAUAGUCUCUAGAUUUUGUUAAUAGCACUGACUAUGUCUAAUGCUCUUUACUCCUUCUCCUUACAACUUCAGGCAAUUAUUCACUCAUGGGCUGUGGUUACCAAUCCCUUCAAGCACCAACUUAAUGUAAACCCCCCGUGCCCGCUGUGGGAUCAGUUGGUUUGUUACUUUGCAGUGAUCAAAUUAGUUCCAUCAGUCACAAGGAAAGUAGAUAUUUUAUUAUUGGUCACAGAAUACACUUUUGAGUCUAGAAGGUAAGAGCCAAUCUGCAUUCAGUUGAAGCAAACUCACUACGAGUCGCAGUAUGGCAGCUUGUAUUCUUCUGGUCCAUCAAGCUUCAGUGAUACUUCCUCCAGCGAUCAUGCUCUGAAUAGCCAAAACAAACAGUUGCAGUCUUUUGGAUAUUAGUAUAUGGAAGUGCAUCUUCAUUUAAAAGGUUUGUCCCAUAUUUCCAUGUGUGUUCAAAACAGCUUCUAAUUACCAUGACAAAGCUAAACAAUGACAUACUGUAUACGAUCAUUAACCAAAUACCUGGGGGAAAUGGGUUUUACCUAACGCCUGACAGCAACAUGGCAUCCAAUUAAACAUUCAGGUUCCCAACAGUAAGCAGCUAUAUGUAUCUGGGAAAUUUACAAAUUUCCCAUGAACACAACCUCCCCAUUUCUCCAGGACAAGUACUAAGAGCUAUACUUUGGCCAUGUAAGUUCAAUUUAGGUAUCCCAAGAAACUUUAGUAGUUCCAAAAGGAAGAGAGAGAGUGCAACUGAUGCAAUCCACCAUAGGUCGGGGCAUGAAGCACAAGCAGAAAAUCAACAGCACACAUGCCUUUCCCUAAAAGCAUUAAGAAUUCUCCUCUCAGAGGACUUACAGUACAAUCGCAUCUUACGCAGGGAAGGUACAUAUACGCAAAAACUGCUAUACUUGAACCACCCAUUAGUGUCCUUACAUUUCCAGAGCCAGAGCACUGAGUGGGCCUUGUCCCCCAAGCAAGGCCAUCACAUCAUGUUGGCUCUGGAAGCCUAAGGGUGGUCAUGCAAGUUCUUGUGGGAACCUGGGAUGGCCCCACAGUAUCUUGCAAGAGCACCCCAGAGCCUGCCUGCUGAGCAGGGCUUGCCCAGUAAGCAAGGGAGGGAGGUUAAAAGAUCUCUGCUUUGUAUGCAUUUAUCAUGUAAAGUUGAAAUCGUGCAAGAUAAAUGUGCGAAAGAUGCAACUGUACUGUAUUUACUGCUGCUUUUUAGGUAUACAGAAUGAAAGUUUUACUCACUUAUAUGGUCGAAGCUCCACAUGUAGCUGAGAACCACAUAGGCAGUUAGCAUCAUGGCGACGCCACCAAUGCCUGGUUUCUUCACAUCAAUGUACUUUUUGACAAAUCUGUCAUAGCCUAGUGAAAAAGGAGCGUAGUCUUAGCCAUACAGAUAGCAGAGGAACACCUAGUAGUGAUAAGUGACAGCUACACUAAAAAGCUAACAGAAUAAGGAAAUGAAGUCUUCAGCCCAAGAUCACUACUUUUGCAGCCUGUUGUUUAGUUCCAUUGAACUCAGUGGCCUCAAUGAGACCUACCUUUCUAGCUAGUGUACUUUGGCUUAUAGCCCAAGUAGGAAAUUUAUCAAAAAUCAGGAUUUUACAACAAGGCUGUACCAUUUAGUUUAUCUAAACACUUUAAAAUGGCUACAUUAAGACAUAAGCUUAAGAACAAAGGGAAAGGGACUGGGAACUCAGGUUAAAGCUGCAGCUCUAGAAGAACAAAUGUUUUGCAAAAGGCCUUGCGUUCAAUUCCUUCCUGUCCAAGUAACUGGACUCGGAAAUAAAAACCUGCUUGAGAUGUUGCAGAACUACUGCCCGCUCUACAUGGGGUAACAGCCCUCUGGUUUUUUAUCCAUAAGCAGCCACUGCCUCUGUAUGUUUUUAUGCUGCUCCUGUUGAUUUUGCAGUUUUUAGUAUAUGCUUGUUUUAAACUGAAGGCUGGUGUACAAGUCCUUUAAAUAAGUAGGAACGAAGGCCAGAAACUGCCUGUUCAGGGUUGUAGUUCUGUGUGCAUUUAUUUGAGUGUGCCAAUGAGCACAGUGGAAGUUAGUCAAGAGUAGAAAUGCAAAGGAUCUGGCUGCAAGACUGAGGAGACUUGUGGCUCAAUCCUAUGUCUUUUUACUCUUAUGCUACCAAAUUCAAUAGAAAUAUACUCCCAAGUAUGUAUUUGGAUCACACUGUGAAUGCAUCAAGUGGGAUUAAAAAUCUGAAGGUGGAUCACAACUAGAUUUUCAAACCCCAUCAAGCCUUUAUUAUGUUGGCAAAUUAAGAGUAUUUCAAUGGAAAGUGUGAUCUGUUGUACACUGAAUCCUGCCAGUGUUUCUCAGGUAUAACAGUAUUGGCAUAAACCUAAUAGGAGACUUCUGAAACCCUGGUUAUCUGCACACAAAAUGUUGGCGUUGAACAGAUUAAAUAUUCAGCAAGACAAUCACAUGCAUACAAUUCCUGCCACAAACAUAUGCUCCACAUCAGAUGUUUCCCAGACACUCACCUCCUCGGAUACUCGUAACAAACCCAGCUGGGGUGUAAUCUCGAGUUGCUAACCAGUUUGGCAACUGCCCCACUUUUACAUCCAGCAGCCUCAUAUCUUUUACUGGAACUAAGAGGAAAAAAAGAAUGUGAGGGUGGGUAUCUGCUAUGACUUACCCACCCCUAUGCCAAGGAGGAGGAACAAGUGGUAACAUAAGGUUCUCCCCCACACCUCCCCUCGGAGGCGACCACAGACUUCCGACAUCUUCAAAAGAUGAAUAGGCAAAUUCAUGGAGAAGAAAGCUAUUGGUGGCUUUUAGCCAUCACAGCUAUGGCACAGCCUCUUCAGUUGGAGGCUAUAAAUACUUCCCAAUACCAGUUACUGGAAACUGCAGGAAGGGAGAGUUGUUCCUGUGCUCAGGUCCUGCUUGCAGGUUCCCCAAUAGAGGCAUCUGGUUGGCCACUGUGAGAACAGGAUGCUGGCAUAGGUGGGCCAUGAUCCGUUAGAUCAGAUAUGUCCAACCGGUCGACCGUGAUCUACAGGACCUAUUUCCGUGGGCGUCGGGUUGACAUUUAUUUUCUCCCCGCCGGUGGGGUAGGGGAAGAAGGUGGGCGGCCGAUAGGUGGCUUUAUUGCUGUGUGUGAUUGUCAGCGAUUUCUUGUAACCCUCCUUUAAAAAAAAGGUCAACUCCAACCCCCCCCCCCAAAUCGACAUCUCUGGGCAACCCUCUCCCUAAAAAGCUCAGCAACUCUUUCCACCCACCCCACGCAUGCUCCCCCUCCCUCCAAUGGGUUGUAUACUCCCAGUAUUAAAAAACUGCCCCUUUUUAAAUACUGGGAGUAGAUCGCAGUCUCUUGGGAGUUGAACGUGCCUGCACUAGGUUAUUCUUAUGGGGUGGGGGGCAGGGGCGUUCGAAGCUUUGUCUGCCGAACUUCUGCCUGACACUGACACACAAGUGCAAAGGAGAGCUGUUGGGGGGCAACAAAGAGAAACAGUGGUCUCAAGGGCGAACCCCAGCAAUGAAGAGCAGCGGCCUGGCGCUUCUACCCAGGGCUACAUUGAGAAGGGCGUCUCUUUCUCAGAAGGCGCUUCUUUCUCCUUCCACAGAACAGCGGGGCGCUUCUUCUCCGGGAAAUGGGAGUAAAUUAAUCCCAGCACCGCCCUAGCCCUGACAGGAGCCGGGUCACCUUGGCGUCUCCCUCCCUCCAAAAGCGCUUACCGGGUCGGUCCGCCAUCUUGAAGCCGCUGCAGCGCCUCCCUGCUCCUCCGCUCGCAAGGGAUGCCGGGAGAAGGUUGCUCGCGCAGAGGCUCGUGGGAAAAGAAGGUCGCCCUCUCCUUGGGCGG